GCUGUCAACUGUCAAUAAAAUAAUGCUGAUAUGUUAUCAAACAUUGGAUGCGUUAAAUAGAUUUUUCGAAAUAAAUUAAUUAAGAUUUUAUUUAAUCCCAUCUAAAAUGCCGCCUAAAAAGCAACCGGAAAAACAAGCUAAGGCGGGAGGAGGUAAAUCCAGUGGUGGGAAAUCCGGCGGCGAUGCAAAAGAAUCUGCUGCGAAAGAAAAAAAAGGUGGGACAGCUGUCAAAGUACGUCAUAUUUUAUGUGAAAAACAAUCUAAAUGUUUGGAAGCACUAGAAAAAUUAAAAGCUGGCCAAAAGUUUCCAGAUGUAGCGGCAGCAUACAGUGAAGACAAAGCCAGACAAGGCGGAGAUUUGGGUUGGAUGACCCGUGGGUCUAUGGUUGGCCCUUUCCAGGAUGCAGCAUUUGCUCUUCCUAUAUCAUCAGUCACCAACCCUAUAUACACGGAUCCACCCAUUAAAACGAAGUUCGGCUAUCAUAUUAUCAUGGUUGAAGGGAAAAAAUGACAGACAUGGUGUUUGAGUUUGAGUAUUUCUGGGCUAUUCUCUUAUUAUUUGUCAUGGAAAGAAUUUGUUGCCUCCAAGAACAAUUUGAUAAAGAUUACAUGUUGUUGCCUGAUCCACCAAGUUCUAGCAUGUCUAUUAUAUCUGAUAUAGAUGCUUUUGCAAACCGAGAGUGAGUAUAAUUCCUAUAUGUUAAUUUAAUUAUACAAUUAUAGGAUUAGGCAUAAGAUACUCGAGAGAUAAUACCUAACUACUGGAUUUAAUUGUUACAGUUUAAGUCUGAAGUUAAGUUUUCUUCGAUUGUGCCGUAUGAUGCAUAUAACAAUAAUAUUAACUGUUAUUUUCUUCUGCAACAUGUGUCUAUGGUUUGUAAUGAGUAAGAAAAUUGGGCCCAGAUCUUUUGAAUAUCGGUUUAGAUUUACCUUACCAGCUUAAUGUAAAUUCUUAUAUAUAAAUUGUUAUCCGUAAAUAAAACAAUGGUUU